AUGUCGAAGUUUGCUGUUCCAGCUCGGAAAUUUAAGGCUUCCGAAACCAAAGUUAAGAAAUCUACUAAAACCAAGAGCUCCGAUACCGUGAGUGAGGCCAAGAAACUUGCUGCGAAACUCAAGGCGUUGGAUUCUCAGAAAAAGACAACUGAAGAAAAGGUUUCAGCACCUGUUGAAACCUCGAAACCCAAGAUUGCAGCCUCGACAACCAAUGCUGAUGGAUUAGAGGAAGUUUCAGAACUAACAGAGGGCGAGGAGCCACAGACAUUUGCAGAACUCGGGGUUAUUCCUCCGCUAUGCGAGGCAUGCGAAGCGCUCAAGUUUUCUAAACCCACACCGAUCCAAGCACAAGCAAUUCCAUGGGCACUCCAGGGCCGUGAUAUCAUUGGGCUUGCACAAACAGGGUCUGGUAAAACAGCAGCUUUUGCGCUGCCAAUUCUGCAAGCGCUGUGGCAUGCACCUGCACCGUUGUUUUGCUGUGUGUUGGCACCGACGCGUGAACUGGCGGUGCAGAUUGCAGAGCAAUUUGAGGCCCUCGGUGCAGGAAUAGGGCUGCGGUGCGCUGUCAUUGUGGGUGGCAUGGAUAUGCUGCAACAGUCGAUGAUGCUUGCACGUAAACCGCAUGUCAUUGUUGCAACCCCGGGUCGUCUUGUGGACCAUCUUGAAAAUACAAAGGGCUUUUCUCUCAAAUCUCUCAAAUACUUGGUCAUGGACGAGGCUGACCGACUUUUGGAGGCCGAGUUUCAAACUGUAAUGGGCCGUCUGCUCACCGCAUUACCUAAAACAGGCAGACAUACAUACCUCUUUUCUGCAACAAUGACAUCUCAAGUUGACCGUCUGCGGCGCGCUUCGCUUCACAAUCCAGUCAAAGUAGCUGUCUCCAGCAAGUACGAUACAGCAUCGUCAUUACUCCAGUAUUACAUGUUUAUCCCCAUGGUCCAUAAGGAUACUUAUUUGGUGUAUCUGUUGCAGCAGAUGGAGGGUCAUACGGCCAUUGUUUUUGCGCGCACCAUUUCUGACGCUGAGCGUCUUGCACUUGCUUUACGUGAGCUUGGUUUCCGUGCAGUCCCGCUACAUGGCCGUAUGAACCAGGCUGCGCGUCUUGGUGCUCUUAACAAGUUCAAGGCUGGUGCACGUAAUAUUCUUGUGGCCACAGACGUUGCUGCUCGAGGUUUGGAUAUCCCGUCUGUCGACAUUGUAAUCAACUACGAUAUUCCUGAUGAUUCUAAGGCAUAUAUUCAUCGUGUUGGGCGUACCGCGCGUGCUGGACGAUCUGGUAAGAGUGUCACAUUUGUUACACAGUAUAAUCUCGAUGUAUACCAGCGUCUGGAGGCAACACUUGGCAAAAAACUCGAUGAGUAUAAGGUGGAUAAAUCUGAAGUCAUGGUACUGUCAACGAGGGUUGGUGAGGCAUUGCGUGAGGCUCUUCUCAAGCUACGUGAACUGGAAGCUAAACGUAGCAGAUCCAGUGGCAAGAACCGGACUCGUGAUGACGGCAACUUUGAGGAGGCAUAA